UCUGAGUUGUUCGUUUUUCCUUUUUAAUAAAUAUUUUUAAAUAUUACAUUUAAACUGUAACAGAACAUUGCAGGCCAAAAUAUGUAAAUGAAUUCUGAGCUGAUAAUUGGACGCAACUUGCUGAAUUAAACACACGUGGUGAGGUCAUGUGACAAGCGUACUGCUGUCUGAAACGUUUACUAUUUAAAAAGUAGUAGGCAGCAAGUAGUUUUUAUUCCAUAGCAAACACUUCCAAUAAUUCAGAUCCCAGAGCCGAAAUGUCCUCAUCUGAUAAGGUGCAAUUGUUCAUGAGGAAGCCCUUAAGUAAGCACUUAUUAAAUUAUAUGUCUUCCCAUUAGACUUGAUAAACACUCUUAUAGUAAUUCACUGAGAAAGAGUGUGAACGCUGAAUUCAAGUCUUGGCCUGCAGUUUGCUGAAUGCUUGAAUCCCGUGCGUAACGCCGCAGCGUUCCUUGUUUCUCUUCAGGGAAACUCAGAACUUUCCUUGCGGCGAAACAAACAGGAAAAGAGUGGAAGCGUUACGCACCGAGGGAAAGUAUUCCCGCAAACACUCAGUAAAACGCGCCCCACGGGCGUUAUUUCCUCGUCCUGACUGGAUGAAGGGGGUCCAGCCCUCCUGGGCUUCCUUUCUUUCUCCUUCCAUCUCUCAGCAGCUCAGCAACCCGAUCUUUCAGCAGGAGUUUGAUGUGUGAACUCUGGGAAUCCGUCGGCACCCCGCGCGUUAUUGUUGCCAGGACACUUUUUCUCGCGUCCUCGGGUUUCCGUAAAUGUUCAAGGAAUGGAAAGCAUUCUGGUGGAAUUAUAAACUCGGGGUCAAACGGGACAGAAGCAGAUAAAGUCGGAGGUUUUGGAUUCCGCGGCUUGGUUUAUAUGAACCGGUUCUCCGGAUCUGAGGACGCGCAGCGCUGCGGUGGAAACUCCGGGUCCAUGUGGCGCUUCUGGAUCACGCAUCAGCGGACGGUUCGGGUCCAAAUCAUGUGGCUGCUCGUGUGCUCCCUCAUCGCGGCGCUGAGCGGUGAGAAUUACGCCACACAGGCCCAGGUGAUGUCCUCCAAAGCGCUGAGGGCGUCAAACGCACGCAGCAAUGUAACAGACAGCAAUCACCUCACAGACUUGUACCGGAAGGAAGAGGUCAUAAUGGUCAAGGGCGGAGGUCAUGUCCAGAGCCCGCGCUUCCCCAGCUCAUACCCCCGCAACCUGCUGUUGUCAUGGAAACUGCUCUCGCCGCCCAACACGCGCAUCCUGCUGGAAUUCGAUGCUCAGUUUGGACUGGAGGAGGCGGAGAAUGGAGUCUGCAGGUAUGAUUAUGUGGAAGUGGAGGAUAUUUCUGAGACCAGCACCAUCAUCUGGGGCCGCUGGUGCGGACAAAGAGCUCCAUCACGGAUCACAUCCAAAACAAACCUCAUCAAAAUCACCUUCAAAUCGGAUGAUUACUUCGUAGCAAAACCAGGAUUCAAAAUCUGCUAUUCACUGCUGGACGGCUCACCUCUUGCAUCUCUGACCAACUGGGAAGCAGUUACAGUGAUGUCAGAUUUCAGGGAGGUUUCUGGGACGGACACGCCGCUGUCUGCGGUCGCGCUGGACAACGACAUCUCCAGCGUCAGCACGGUGGAGGAGCUUCUGAGACACAUGAACCCCUUCACCUGGCAGGAAGACCUGGAGCAGCUCUACACACACACAUACUACUACAGACCACGAACUUUCCACACCGACCGCAAACACAAGCUUGAUCUCGACCGUCUCUAUGACGACGUGAAGCAGUACAGCUGCACUCCGCGCAAUUUCUCUGUGAAUCUCCGCGAGGAGCUGAAGGCGACCAACGCGGUGUUUUUCCCACGAUGCCUCCUGGUGCAGCGCUGCGGGGGAAACUGCGCCUGCGGCACCGACAACUGGAACUCCUGCAGCUGCAGCGCCGGAAAAACCGUCAAGAAACUACACGAGGUGCUGAAGUUUUCUCCAGGUCCGAGUUUCUACAAAAAGAAAACACGAGCUCACUGGGUUCUGGAGGAGAUUUACCUGCAGCAUCAUGAGAGAUGUGACUGUGUGUGCCAGUCCAGACCACCGCGAUGAGAACACGCACACAGACACAAACACACACACACAGACACACACACACACACAGAACGCUAUUCAGACGUAUAGCUACAGGUCAUGCGUCUACCUAAACAAAAACCCUGUUAAUAACACAAGACACAGACUCACACACACAGACUCACACACACAGACUCACACACACAGACUCACACACACAGACUCACACACACACUCAGUUUUUUGUCCAGUGUUGGGAGACUGAUAUAAUGUAGUUUGUUUCAGUUUUAUUUUUACGGUUUAGAUGUUAUUGUGUCCAGUAAAGUCACAUGGAACUCACCAAUGGAAUGUAAAUGAAUAUUAAUGAGGCUUUUGCUCUCUGAGACCAAUCAAAAGUCAGCUCCCUGAAGGGGCGGAUCCCUCACCAAUCUGAUCCAAGCCAGUGUUAUUUAUUAAAAGAACUCUUUGUCUUUUUAUAUCUGUGA